AUGACAAAUAUAGAUAAUAAUGGGAUAACGACAACGAAUGGGAGUAGUAGUAAUGGUACUACUACUACUAGUAAUACAAAGAUAGACAAAAAGAAACAAAAAUUACAAAAGAAAAAGGAACAAAAGAAAAGACAGAAACAAAAGAAGUAUCAAGAUAAACAACAACAACAAAAUGGAUCACAUAGUAAUAGUAGUAAUAAUGUUGAAAUAGAUGGUGAUGAGCCACCAGCACCUGUAGACAAUAUGAUGAUUGAAGAAGACCCAGAUUUUGUAAUAGACGAAAGCGAUCCUACCUUUGAAUUGUAUAACAAGUUAUUAAAACAUUUCGAUAAUCCUACUCAUCAAGAUGAUGAUCAAGAUGUACAGUUUACUGAUCAAGAAGAAAAUCAAGAUACUGAUCAACAAGAAAAUGAUGAAGUUGAAGAGGAAGAGGAAGAAGAAGAAGAAGAGGAAGAAGAGGGUAAAGGCAAAUCAAAGAAAUUAUCAAAUCGUGAAAGAAAGAAACAACAAAGAUUAAAUCUUCCCAUUUUAAAACAAUUGGUCGAUAGACCAGAUAUAGUAGAGUUGCAUGAUACCAAUUCACCAAAUCCAGCAUUUUUAAUUAACCUUAAAUCAUGUAGAAACUCUGUUCCGGUACCAAUUCAUUGGAGUCAAAAGAGAAAUCUCAAGAUACCGGGUGUCAACGCACCGAUCCCCGAAGGUGCACAGUAUGGCUUCCAUCCAGGUGGUUGGGGUAACCCACCGAUGGAUCCUAGUAUGUUUGCACAACAACAUCACGACAAGACCGUGCGCGGCAGUCUCAUCAACCAAGAGGAGCGUGAGCGUUGGGGUCAACUCGUACCCGAAGAAGAGUACGAAGACGACGAGGAAGAAGGAGAUGAAGAUGAUGAACAAGAGGGUGAUGACCACGAAGACGGUAUGCCACCCCCUCCCCCACCACUCUCUGCGCAACAAGUGCAAGAUGGUACCAUGUCCAUUCCAUCGGGUGGGUCAGAAACACCCGACGUUGUCGAUAUUAGAAAACAACAAUACAACAACAAUAACAAUGGUGGUGGUAACAUGUUACCACAAUUCCAACAACAAAAGCAACUUUAUCAAGUGGUCGAACAAUCAAGCAGACAGUUGGGUCAAGGUAUCAUGGAAUCAAAUUACAAAUACAAUCUACCAACAAACAUCAAAAUGAAUACUCCCUCUUCUUCCUCUUCUUCUACGGCAUCGGCUAGCGGUGCUAGAAAGGUUGAUCUCAUAAAGGGUCAUAAAUCUGCACCUGUCGAAGUCACAUUUGCACCAAAUGAAGUAGAAGAUGUAGAGUUGGACGAAGAAUUGCUUAAAAAGAAAUAUGAACAAGCUGUUUCAGGAGACAAAUCAUCUCAAAGAAAAGAAGAUUAUGGAGACGAUGAUCAUAAAAAGAGAAAGGCUAAAUCUCAAGAUGACAAACAAAAGAAAUUCAAAUUCUAG